AUGGAUCAGAUUUACCUGUGUGAUGGUGUAAUGAUGGAGAACGAGAACAGUGACCUCAAAGUAGCACAAGAAAAGAAGAGUAUGUGUAAGUCAGGAUCUGCACUCAGCUACCUCAAAGGUCCCAAGUUCCUUAUUUAUGUCAGUGGAGCUUUGAAAACGUGGGGUGAUCGUAUGUGGCACUUUGCCAUUUCUGUCUUUCUGAUUGAGCUGUAUGGACAUAACUUACUGUUAACUGCUAUCUUCGGGCUGGUGGUGGCUGGUUCUGUCCUUUUAUUGGGUGCUCUAAUUGGGGACUGGGUGGACCGUAAUCCAAGAAACAAAGUGGCACAUGCAUCUUUGUUCAUUCAAAACAUCUCAGUGACAAUCUGUAGUAUCGUGCUUAUGUUGGUAUUCUCAUACAAAAAGUGGAUUGAACAGGUCUGGUAUGGUUGGUUAACUGUGGUUUGUUAUAUGGUGGUGAUCGUCCUGGCAGAUGUGGCAAACCUUGCCAGCACAGCCCUCAACAUUUCCAUCCAGAGAGACUGGAUAGUGGUCAUAACCGGCGAUAACCGUGGCCAUCUAGCUGGGAUGAACGCCACAAUGCGACGGAUUGACCAAGUGACCAACAUUUUGGCUCCGCUGACUGUGGGUCAGGUCAUGACCCUGGCAUCCAAUGUGGUGGGUUGUGGCUUCAUUUUAGGCUGGAAUCUGGUCUCCUUGAUUGUGGAGUUUGUCUUCCUCUCUAGAGUCUAUCAUACUGUACCAGCACUUUCAGUCAAACUCCCUGUAGAAGAGGAGCAGUGCUAUCUGGAGAGGAGGAAGGAAAGGAAGAAUUCACCAGGUGAGAGUUCAAUAAGGCGAACAGAAUCCUUGGCUAGGAAAAGCAUGGGUGUGCAUUUGAGAGAAAGUACCAGCCUGCCACCAUGUCUGCCACACCUGCAGAGACUCCUUGGCACCUGCAGGAAAGGCUGGAGAGCUUAUUACCGGCAGUCUGUGUUCCUGGCAGGUCUGGGCCUGGCCUUUCUUUACACCACUGUGCUGGGCUUUGACUGCAUCACCACAGGUUAUGCAUAUACGCAAGGUAUCAGUGGAUCCCUUCUCAGCUUGCUCAUGGGUGUUUCGGCCAUGGCUGGCCUACUGGGUACGGUUCUGUUCACCAAUCUUCGCAGGGCCUAUGGCCUGGUCAAAACGGGCUUGAUUUCCAGCUGCCUCCAUCUGUCCUGCCUGCUGUUAUGCGUGUGCUCUGUGUUUGCCCCUGGCAGCCCUAUGGAUCUUAGCAUGCUAAAAGAGUCUAAUGGUUCAUACAUAGGAGGGAUGAAUGGAAGAGGACACAGCAGACAUGGAUACAUGCUGCUGUGGGGCAAAAGCCUGCCUCUGGUGCCUGACCGCUCCUCAAUUCACUGGACCAACAAUACAGUUCUGUUUGAAAGUGCACCAACAGGGCCAGAACCUGAGUCUUAUGUGUCCAUCUCUCUUUUGUUCCUUGGAGUCAUCACAGCCCGAAUUGGCCUGUGGUCAUUUGACCUAACCGUUACUCAGCUGCUGCAGGAAACCAUCUAUGAAUCUAAGCGUGGUAUUGUAAACGGAGUCCAGAGCUCUAUGAACUACAUGAUGGAUCUGCUCCAUUUUCUCAUGGUGAUCUCUGCACCACAGCCGCAACACUUUGGUAUUCUUGUGAUCAUCUCUGUGAUGUUCAUUACUGUAGGCCACGUCAUGUACUUCUUGUAUGCCCGGAAGGCUAAGAGGAAACAGUGGCUUGAUACAUAA